AUGACUGGAAUGAAUGCCAUUAAUACCCCUAUGCUUGAUAUUGCUUCAGAAACAGCGGAAAUAGAGGCAUGGGUAGCUUCGAAAAAUUGUAUUGAUGGGCUCGGUGGCAAUCAUUCUAUCUUCCAACCUCAAAAAAGCAUGAGCUACCGACCAUCACACGAAGCGAUUACUCAAGAAGAGUCAGAGUAUCCGUUGGAAUCCUCAAACGGGAACUAUAAGAGCAUUGAUCCUUUUCUUACGGAGAUCACGACAAUAACUGAGGCCAAUCAAGAGAGUUAUGAUUGUGGAUCGUUACCAAAGGAACGGGAAUAUCUACGGAAUGAAGAUAGGUUGGCGCUCGAGCCUUCAAGAAUAGACUCAGCAGCCGAUUCCCUUAAUGCUACAACAUCUGUUCUUGAUUCCACUCUGUCAUCUGCACUCGAAGCCUUCACCAUUGAGACACAACCUGCCAUUGAUGCUGGCGAGAUAAAACGAUUUAUGAAAAGGUCGCAUGCCCUCCUCGAGCUCGAAACCACUGAGAAGAGUUAUGUGGAUGAUUUGGACGUCCUUCUUCAUGUGUAUUUGCAAGCGCUCGAGUCAAAGUCAUGGUUUCCUCAACUGAUUCUAGCUAAGAUGCGACGAUGUGUUAGCGGGCUAUUGGUGAUGCACCGAGGGCUUCAUGCGCGUCUGAAAACUAGCAAGAUUUAUGAGUCUGAUCGCGACCAUCAAGCCCCUCUUAUAGUUUACAAGAAUCUAGCUGAAGCCUUUUCAUUGAUGAACCAUGGCAAUAGUCUAUAUGGUAUAUUUGCUGAGUUACGAAUGCGGACCAUAAAUGAAAUCAGUCGGUCUGGAGGUCAAGCAACCAUGGCUCUUUUACAGAAGGAGAGUAAGGAGCUUAUGGCAUUGCAGCAUCGACCCAGUUCACGCACUGAUCUGAAAGAUUUCUUGAUCAAACCCAUCCAACGCAUCUGUCGGUACCCCCUCUUGCUCAAAGAGAUCCUACGACUAACAAACGAGAAUGAUCCUGAACAUGAGUACAUUAGCCGAGCAUAUCAGUUUAUGAGGGGGAAGGCGCGUGAGAUGGACGAGACGCAGCGAGCCGUAGAGCGCAAGCUCUUGACAGAACAAAUUCUCAGGAAAUUUCCCGAUUCCAGCUUCCCAAAAAAGAUUGGCCCUUCAACUAAAGAACGCCUAGUGGCUGGAAUCGGGGCUUUAAACGAGGUCCAGAAUGGCCACAGCAGCCAGUCUAAUGAGAAUGAGCACGGGAGUGGAGAUGGAAAUGGAAACGUUAUCUGUUCCUACAAUAGUGGUGCUUCAAUCCAUCCUUGUUAUCUUUGCUCAGCAGACGAUAUGCAUUGCGGAAACAGCCGUGCGGCGCCAAAGCAUGUUCCUAGGUCUUCUCCCGAAGGCUUAUCUGACUUUAGUCCUAGUUGUGAGGACGUUGCGCCAACAGUCUUGACAAAAGCCUUUGCUGCAACUCUAGGCUCCAUUGUGCUUGCUGGGGCGCUCGAAUAUGUUAUUACGCCUGAUAUACCGAUCCGACUCAAGUAUUAUGGAUGCUUCCUGUUUAACACUAUGCUAGUUAUUGUCAAGGCUAAGAAAACAAGCCUGUAUGAGCCACGGCAGUGGCUUCCUCUCCGACUCUGCGAAUUGCAUGAGACAACACAACUUGACGGUAUGUGA